AUGUCAAAUCAUAUCAUUUCAUAUCAUGAUACCGGUAUACGCCGACCAAUAAUAUGUGAGCAAAGUAUUAAUCGACCGGAAUCGGUUAUUCAACUUGCACGAAAAUUUGCUGAAGCAAGCGCUGUACAAGAUAAACGAAUUUAUAUAUCAAAUCAGAAAUUAUUAGCAAACGGAGAAAAUUUAGCAACAACAAUCGCUACCACAUAUUCAUCUGAUGUAGCAAAUAAUCAAACACAAAAAGACAUUCAUUCUUCACAUAAUCAUUCCAUUUUGUUCGAUACAUUUAACAAGAAACCAGGUGGAAUUGCAUGUCUAUGUAAGUUUCAUUAUUAUUCAUCCAUGAAAAUGUAA